CUUCAUUUAUAUUUACGUUGCUGGAUAAAUUCCCUACAGAUCAGCCGGUAGUUUAUUGCACAAUAUCUCCUUGGAUUUCGUUUAUGAUUCGACAAUUUGCUUACAAAAUGGCAGGAAUUCCUACUGAGACAAUCGCUGCAUUCAAGGCAAAGUUUGAUGCAGAUCCGAAGAAUCAUCUGGCUCAAAAUGUUUGCUCACGUCAAGAUAUGUUAGAUGUCGUCCUGAAGCGUGAUGUCAUCAAUGGACCCCAUCAUGUUUAUACUCAUAAGAUCAAAACUGAAGGGAAACCAGUGACCAAUCAGAAGAGCUCUGGAAGAUGUUGGAUCUUCGCGUGUAUGAAUGCUAUCAGAAUUGCCUUCUGUAAGGAGAAAAAUAUUGAGGAUUUCGAAUUCAGCCAAGGGCAUCUGUUCUUUUGGGAUAAGAUUGAAAGAAGCAACUACAUCCUCAGUGCACUGACAGAAAUCUUAAAGAAAGGAGAGAAAGUGGAUGGCCGCUUAAUCUCCCACCUCCUGCACAACCCAUCAGAGGAUGGGGGGCAGUGGGACAUGCUGGUCAAUUUGGUGGAGAAGUAUGGACUGAUGCCCAAGAAAUGCUGGCCAGAUGUGUACAGUUGCGAGAAAUCAAUGCGACUUGGAAGACUCAUCAAUAAUAAAAUCAGGGAGUUUUGCUACAAGUUAAAGAAAGCUGUAGAUGAAGGUUCAACAGAUGAUCAGCUCACAACUCUGAGGGAAACAAUGAUGGAAGAGAUGUACCGUAUUAUUUCGAUCAGUGUUGGAAGUCCUCCUGAGACAAUCAUUUGGGAGUAUUAUGAUAAGGACAAAAAAUACCAAAAAGUGGGGCCGAUAACACCAUUAGCUUUCUACCAAGAACAUAUCAAGCAAAAUGUAUUCAACAUGGAAGACAAGAUUGUAUUGACUAAUGAUCCAAGGCCACAGAAUCCAUUCAAUAAGCUGUAUACAGUGGAAUACUUAAACAAUAUGAUGGGUGCAAGGCCUGUAUUAUAUGUGAAUCAACCCGUUGAUGUGCUCAAGAAAUGUGCCGCAGAAUCCAUCAAGAAUGACGAGGCUGUAUGGUUUGGCACAGAUGUUGGGAAAUGCUUCAACGGAAAACUUGGCUUCAAUGAUACAGAAAUGUAUGACUAUGACCUGGUGUUUGGAACUACUGUACUUGGCUUGAAUAAAUCUGACAGACUCAUCUAUGGGGAGUCUCUGAUGACUCAUGCUAUGUUACUCACAGGUGUCUCAAUAAAUGAGGAUGAGACUACCAGUAAAUGGAGAGUAGAGAACAGCUGGGGAGAAGACCAUGGGGAGAAAGGGUACAUUCAGAUGACUGACAAAUUUUUCUCCGAAUUUGUGUAUGAAGUUGUUGUUGAUAAGAAGUAUGUACCUGAUGAUGUACAGGCUAUUAUGAAGACAACACCUGUAGUACUACCUGCAUGGGACCCCAUGGGGGCUCUGGCCCAUACUGCUAAGCUGUAGAACGCCACCUCACCAUAUUCCUGUCUCUGAAGAAACACUGUCCCAUAUUGUCGAGAA